AUGCGGCUUCUUAUGGCAGACCAGUCGAUCAAACACCCCGUUGGAAUAAUCUAUGACAUUUUGGUGAAGGUUGAUCGAUUUACCUUUCCGGUAAAUGAAGAGGAGGGCACCUUCAAUGUGUGCAACUCAGUGAAGCAACCUAGUGAUGUACAUGUAGUUUCAACAAUUGAUGUGAUUGAUGAAGCAGUGAUGAGUGUGAGUGAAAUGAUAUGUAUGAGCGAACCUCUUGAGACUGUUCUUCCAAAUUAUGAAGAGAUCGAAGUUCAAAGGUAUGAUGAAGUGGCAGCUUCUCUAUCGAGACAAGGUGAAUACUCAAGAAGCCUAAUAAAGCUAGACAUUGAUAUAAAGAAUCGAGAGAGUCCUCCCGCUAAACCAUCCCUGGUGGAACCUCCAAAGCUUGAGUUGAAAGUGAUCCAUACUUAUCUUCGGUAUGCAUUCUUGGGGACAAAUAAUACCUUACCCAUUAUCAUUGCAGCGGACUUGCUUGAGUGGCUAGUGAAAUUGCUUCUUGAGGUGUUGAAACGUUACAUCAAGGCAAUAAGAUGGACAAUCAGUAAUAUUGUAGGUAUCCCACCUGAGAUUUGCAUACACAAAAUCCAAUUGGAUAGUGACUGCAAACCAAGUGUUGAACAUCAAAGAAGAUUAAACCCACCUAUGAAAGAGGUGGUGAAGAAAAAGAUUAUUAAAUGGCUAGACGCAGACGUGGUGUACCCUUUUAUGGAUAUCAAAUGGGAUUACUACUCUGGUACAACCAAAUCUCUAUUGCACUGGAAGACCAAGAGAAAACCAAUUUCACAUGUCCCUAUAGGACAUUUGCCAUCAAGAGAAUGCCAUUUGGAUUGUGCAAUGCUCCAGCGACAUUGCAACGGUGCAUGCUUUUUUGCCAUCAAAAGAAUGCCAUUUGGAUUGUGCAAUGCUCCAGCGACAUUGCAAUGGUGCAUGCUUUCUAUUUUCGCUGACAUGGUGGAAGACUUAAUGGAAGUAUUCAUGGAUGAUUUUUUGGUAGUAGGGGAUUCAUUGGAGACAUGUUUGGAUAAUCUUGGGCAGGUCCUUCAAAGGUAUGUAGAAACUAAAUUUGUCCUUAAUUGGGAAAAAUGUCAGUUCAUAGUUAAGGAAGGCAUAGUCCUAGGUCAUAAGGUGUCACACAAGGGAAUGGAGGUAGACAAAGCAAAGAUCGCGGUUAUUGAGAAGUUGCCAUCACCUAUUUGUAUUAAAGGCAUUCAGAGUUUUUUGGGUCAUGUUGGGUUCUAUCGAAGAUUCAUCAAAGAUUUUUCAAAAAUUGCACACCCAAUGUGUAAGAUGUUGGAGAAAGAGGCGAAGUUUCUUUUUGAUGAUGCUUUCUCAAAAGCUUUUGAGUGUUUGAAAGAAAAGCUAAUCUCUACCCCGAUGAUCAUUAGCCCGGAUUGGUCCGAACCAUUUGAAGUGAUGUGUGAUGCAAGUGGUACCGCUCUAGGAGUCGUGCUAGGGAAAAAUCACAACAAACUCUUUCAUCCAAUUUAUUACGCCAGCAAGUUGCUAAAUGGAGCACACCGUAGCUACACUGUUACUGAACAAGAACUAUUGGUUGUAGUAUAUGCAUUUGAAAAGUUCAGGGCAUACUUGUUGGGCACUAAAGUGAGAGUUCACACUGAUCAUGCAGCGUUGUGGUAA